ACGAGCAAAAAAGACGUGUUCGAUUGCGAAAGCCGAACAAUUUCACGUCUGCGAUGUCGCAGUUUUUAAAGAGGAGGUUUUUCGCUCGUGUAUCACAUUUGCUUUUGUUUUGACAAAACCGGAAUAAGCCUUCCUGGCAAGCCGGUAACUUGACAGCAAAAGGCCCAGUCAAAAUAAAAGCAGCUUCAAUGGCGUCGAAAAUUUAAGUAGAUUUCACCGAUCGUCCCUUCGCUCUAUUAUCCGUUCAUAGCCGGUUUCGCCUUUAGAUUGGGGACUCGAUCUGCCCCCGUGUAUUUUUGGGGAAAUCGGAUGUUUUCGUCGGCCGCAGAUGGAGGCGGCUAGCGGCCGUCUUCUGUUAACAUAGCACAAAGCAGACCGACCGCCGGACAGAGCGAGUGAGCGAGGGACAUCCCAAACGGACGGACGGACCUCCGCUGCGCGGUCGCUCCAGUCUUGCGUCUCCGCCGGCCGGCCCGCAUGGAGCAGUAGGCGGCGCCCCGUCAUGGCUCCGUGCUCCGUGGCGGCGGCCUGCCGCAGCCUGGCCCUCUCGACGUGGCUACUGUCCUUCUGCUUCGUCCACCUGCUGUGCCUCGACUUCACCGUGGCCGAGCGGGAGGAGUGGUACACGGCCUUCGUUAACAUCAGCUACGUGGAGCCCGCCACCAGGUCGCUGCGGAGCGACAAGAGCGAGUGCGGACGCUAUGGGGAGCACUCGCCCAAGAAGGACGCCAAGGGGGUGGUGGUCCUGCCCUCCGCACCGCACGACCGCCAGGCCUGCGACCCCAACACCAGCUUCGGGGCCCCCGCCGGGGCCUGGGUGGCGCUCAUCGCCCGCGGUAACUGCACCUACCGGGACAAGAUCCGGCACGCCGCCGAGCGCAACGCUUCGGCCGUGGUCAUCUUCAAUGUAGGCUCGGCCAGCGCCAACGACACCAUCACCAUGCCGCAUCCCGGUACGGGCGACGUGGUAGCCAUCAUGAUCCCGGAGCCCAAAGGUCGCGAAGUGGUGUCCUUGCUGGAGCGCAACGUGACAGUCACCAUGAGCAUCACCAUCGGCACCAAGAACCUGCAGAAGUACGUGAGCAGGACCUCCGUGGUGUUCGUGUCCAUCUCCUUCAUCGUGCUCAUGAUCAUCUCGCUGGCCUGGCUCGUCUUUUACUACAUCCAGAGGUUCCGAUACGCCAACGCCCGAGAUCGCAAUCAGUUGUUUGUGCAGCGCCGCCUUGGCGACGCCGCCAAGAAGGCCAUCAGCAAGCUCCAGGUGCGCACCAUCCGAAGGGGCGACCACGAGACCGAGGCCGACUUCGACAACUGCGCCGUGUGCAUCGAAGGGUACAAGGCCAAUGACGUCGUUCGGGUCCUGCCGUGCAGACAUUUGUUCCACAAGAGCUGCGUGGACCCGUGGCUCCUGGACCAUCGUACCUGUCCCAUGUGCAAGAUGAACAUACUGAAGGCGUUGGGGAUCGCGUUGAACGCCGACUGCCUGGACGAGCUGCCCCUAGACUAUGACCUGGCUCUGGGUGGCGUAGCAGCGCCCCUGGCCCUGGACGCCGCUGUUUCCGGAGCGGGUGACGGCAUGCUAGGCGAGGGCGGCUCCGACAUGGUUCUGGACCCCGGCGUGCGACGGAUGGGUCUCCCGCAGGACUACCGGGACCCUCCCGACACCCUGAGGGACAGUCCCGUGACCGACGCGCGCCUGGGUGAGCUCCGGCCGAUGGCCAGCAGCGUCUCCGUGGCUUCGCUGGUGAUCGCCGUGGAAACGGGGCUUUCCGACGAGGAAGGAUCCCACGAAGCUUCUCAGAUGGUCGACAAAUCUUGAGAACUUAAAUGCCGCGGGCGAGGAGGACAUUGAAUUUUCAGUCCUGAAACGGUUGACUUUAGUCCGUGUGUUCCUCAGUCGUGCCUGGUGUUCCCCAAUCCCCGCUCCCCGACUUGCGUGGAUUCUCGUUGGACUUCCCGAAUCUGACAACUGCCAGAGCUGUUCGACUGGAAUUGCUUAGCGACAACUUGUCUCUCUUCUCGGGAAAAUUCCACGCCAGAACUUCUCCGUCCCCGAAAAGACACCGAGCGAGAUCAAGACCUCAGAACUGAAAGACCUUCCCGUCUAUCGACAAUCAAUAUUUAGCCCGACGUUCUUCUUCCCCAGACGACUGAGGCAGCGCGCGACGACAGAGCUCGAGGUCGUCAUCUAUUUUGCUACCAGAGGAGAUGUUUAUUUUUGUAAUCGCGACAAGAAUGCGCCUUUUGAGGGCGUCCGAGAGGUUGACAUUUUGCAGCGUUGAACGUCAGAAACGCAAGGACAUUUUGCACUCGUCUUUUUCAGCGUCGGUGAUUUCUGGCGGCAAAUAAACUGAACAAACUUUUAAAUUUUCUUGUCAAACCUUCAACACGUCAAGUCUCUUCCUGAAAACCGCUCUCCGUUUAUUUUGGCGCUUGAUCGGCGCCGAGCUGUAUAAUGUGACGAUGACGCGUUACGGUGGCCGCUUCUCUUUUUUUGUGAAUGCUGUUCUAAUUAAACUUCUCUGUUGUGUUGUAAGAUUUUGACGUCUUUUUUUUGUUAUGAGGGCUGGAUUGUCUUCUUGCAAUGUUUUGA